AUGAAAUUACUUCUGUAUCUGUCAGGCUUGAUAGUUGCUUUUCACGAUGCUGUUUGGUACAGUUCAAGCCAUUUUGAAGACAAUUAUCCCAACUGCGGAAUCCGCUUCGUUCACAAACACUGCUGGCACUGCAUCUGCAAAGCCUGCCAAAUCGACAUCGUCUUCCUCCUUGAUUUCUCCGAGGACGUCGAGCCAGACUGCUCCGUUUCCGACAAAAAAGAUCUCGGGAUCGAUCUUUUUAAUCAAAUUCCAACAAGUUACGAUGGAAUAAAAGAACAAAUCGACAUUGUCAAGGAUUUCGUGGAAAACAUCGAAAAUGAGCAGGUUUUUGAAAAUCAAAAUAUUCGCGUUGGAGUGGCGAUUUUCGGCCAGCAAGAACAGGCUCAUGAAAUCGUGACUUUGGAUCAUGGAUUGUCCAGAGAAGAAUUUGUUUGCAAACUUUACAAAAACUGGGAAGAUGGUUCUCCUCCCCCAUAUUGCUCUGGAACGCUUGAAUUCGAACAAAAACCACUUUGCCACAAGCCAUCUGUCAUCGAAACACUUCAAUGGCUUCGAGGAGAAGAUAUUUUUACGACGUCUGACAGUAUUCUUCCUGCAGAUAUGAAACUUCGGAAUAACACUCUAGAAGUGCCAACCACUAGGGUUUUAAUUGCAUCGAUUGCGGACAAUUUCUUGACUUCAAAUUCUGAUAAAUUGGCACAAUAUGAAGAAGAAGUUAACAUUCUCCACGAGCAAUUCGAAGCGGUCUUCACCAUCGCGCACAACAAAACCAGGACGCGCCUCAACGAGUUAAGCUACCAGAACCAUCUCCAGACGAUGGCAUGCAAUGGACUCGGAGAUCAAGGAAGAUGUGGAAGAGUGAUUCAAUGGGAAGAUCAUGUGACCAACUACACCGGCGUUGGUCAAAUGCUGGCGCAUAGCAUCUUAGACAUCAACAGUAUGUAUCUCCCUCCAAGCCGAUUCUUGCUACAAUCGUUUGAUGCCUGA